UGGUGAUGGGAACCUGCAGACUGUGGUGGUGGCUUCUGUAGCAGACAGUGCAAGCAGUUACAUUCUACAUCCACAGGCAUCUCUUACCAUAUCGAAAAAAACAAGCACCAGGGUAGUGGAAGAUUCUUUUCCCAUCCCUCUUCAGCCAUUGCCACUAAAUACACCUGCAUGGCACGCCGGCUCAGGAACUGUGAGAGAAUUGGGGACUCGUACCGCGGCUAUUGCGUGAGCGAGACAGAGUUAGAGAGCGUUCUGACGCUCCACAAGCAGCAAACACAGAGUGUGUGGGGGACGCGCCAGUCUCCAAGCCCAGCCAAACCCGCCACACGGUUGAUGUGGAAAUCUCAGUAUGUCCCAUAUGAUGGGAUCCCCUUUGUCAAUGCAGGAAGCAGAGCCAUUGUAAUGGAGUGCCAGUAUGGGCCAAGGAGGAAAGGAUUUCAGCCCAAAAAAGCUGGUGAGCAGGAACGUACCUCUGGCCAACUGUACAAAGCCACUUGUCCAGCAAGGAUCUAUAUUAAAAAGGUUCAAAAGUUUCCAGAAUACAGGGUUCCUACUGACCCUAAAAUUGACAAGAAAAUCAUAAGAAUGGAGCAGGAGAAAGCAUUCAACAUGCUGAAGAAGAACUUGAUAGAUGCUGGUGGUGUCCUCAGGUGGUAUGUGCAGUUGCCUACUCAGCAAGCCCACCAGUAUCAUGAAAUGGAAACUUCCUGUCUCCCUCCUUCACCAUCCCAUCUUUCUAUGUCUCCUCCUGAGGAGGAGGAGGAAGUCAUUAGAGAUGAGAACAGUACGCUGCCUUCUCGACUUCAUCCUCAAGUGGCAGACAAGAUCCGAGAGCUGGUGUCUCAGGGAAUAGAGCAGGUCUAUGCAGUGAGGAAGCAACUGAGAAAGUAUGUGGAAAGAGAAUUGUUCUCACCUGAUGAAGUGCCAGAAAGACAUAACCUGUCCUUCUUCCCCACUGUGAAUGACAUCAAGAACCACAUUCAUGAAGUGCAGAAGUCCCUAAGGAAUGGAGAGAUAGCGUAUAGUUCAGAAAGUAUCCCAGCAACGCUGCAGUGGACCACAGACAGUGGGAAUGUCCUCACAGAAACAGUGACUGUUGCGUUUGCCUCCCCACCUUCAGAUGGGAGCUCAGGAGUGGAGUCAGUCAUCACCAAAGCAGAAUCCAACCAGAGUGGGGAGUCCUUGGUACCAGAAACAACUCAAUUGUUGUCUUCACUCUCUUCACUUCAGCCCAAGAUAUUUGCACAACUUCAGGGAUUACAGCUGCAGUCAACAUUUACCUCAGCAAAUGGAUCAACAGCUCUGCUAGCUGUCAAUAACCAUUCCCCUCCCAACCCUGCAAGUCUCCUGGAUUCCCUGGGGAGUGCAAUAAGCAGCCAUUCUCUAGCACUGAGUCAGGGGCAUGGUCUGCAAGCAGGUGCUGGCCUAACACAGGACAGUUCUGCUGUGCCUACUUUUGGGGCUCUGUCUGGUUCUGAUCAGAGUCUGGUUGCCAUGGGCCAGCUGGUACCAGCUGAAGGGGUGGAUGACUCCAGAAGCCUGGAAGGAGGGGUGCAUCAGAUUCUCUUGGGAGAUGUACAGACUAUUCCAGUACGGAUUGUGGACAGCCAGCCAGCACUUACUGAAGAAAAUACAGAGGGUAUUGUUACCUGUGUGAGCAAAGUUAAACAAGAACCAAGAGAAAAAGCCUUGUCUAUGGAGACAGAUAAAAUCAGAGACUGCCACAGUUCCUCACCAUAGUUCUUCACCUUCACCUGUGAAACCUGGAAGGAUUUUUCAAAUUGGAGAGCUCUAAAUGUCUUGGAAGGAAAGGCAGGUGCUCUCAAAGUACUGCCAUUCUUUUGAAAUUGUAUUAUGACAUUCAGACUAAGCAUAUUUUAGAGUACUUCUGACAGAAAGCUGUUUUGGUUUGAUGUGGCUCACUGCCAACUCCAGGUCAUGCAGUUGCCCUGUGGAACACCAUCUCUCUCUUCUGUUUCAAGUUUUGAGUAAUUUGGAUUCUAUCCAAAUGGCACAUUUUGUUCAUUGUUUCUGAAGGUCUUCCACAAUUUAAUUCCUUAGCUUUAAAACGUGGAUCACAAUGCUGGGUUCAUAUUUUCUCCUUGAGACCCCUGACUCUUACUGCACUACAGAGACCAGAGGAUCUGUCAGCUCCA